AUGCCACGAGAUUGCUCGGGUUCAGUGUCAUGGAGGCUAAGCGACACGGUAUUCAGGCAGAGAGUCAGAGCCAUCUGCGCGAGGGCAGUCGUAGAGCCGUCCAAAGUAGGUUCUGGAUCUGUUCCCCCCUGUGCAGAUGCGUCGGCUGCUCCUGCAUCCGUCGGCACUGGAGGCGCGUUAGAGUCAGCCCCCAGUCAAAGAGGCCACAGCAGAACGCUGGGCAUCCCGGAGUUGCGACUUAGGGCCCAAGAGAUCGAAAUGGGGGCUGCUACGGCUCUCGAGACACCCAAUUUAUUGGACGAAGUGCAGUAUGUUCGAUACAAGCUUGCAGAGAAGGCCCUCUGCAUCUUUCUGGAUUAUGACGGAACGCUGACGCCCAUAGUGGCGGAUCCGAGGGAGGCCCGCAUGUCUGCAGCGUUUAGAGCGACGCUGAAGCGGCUUGCAGCCGUAUUCCCCGUGGCUAUUGUUACUGGGAGGCGAUUAGAGACCAUCAGGUCGUUUGUACGGCUAUCUGAUGCCCCUGGACGCAGAGCCUUGAUGUAUGCGGCGAGCCAUGGAUUUGAUAUUGAUGCUGCAGGCUUUGGAAUAUGCCUUCGGCACCAAGUAGGCGAGGCAAGUGUUUCUGCCUUGAGGUCGGCAGUCGCUGAGGUGCUGGCGUCUGUGGGCCCGAUCAAGGGACUCUACGUGGAAGACAACUAUUUUUCUGUUUCCAUUCAUUACAGGCACUGUCCUGAGUAUCGCGCAGUUCUGGAGGCGGCUCUCGAUCGAGUUCUUAAGGGCUUUCCUACUCUGCGCAAGUGCUUAGGAUUAGAGCUCUUCGAUAUUAGAAUCGCAGCCGAGUGGGAUAAGGGCACAGCGAUUUCUUGGAUUCUGGAGGCUGUUGGUCUCAAUGGCCAUAGCAAAGAUGUAAGGCGAAUGGCAGCGCAUGUCGGCAUUGAGCCUUAG